UUCAGUGGUAGAACCUUAGACUGCCAGUCUAAUUACGCGGGUUCGAUUCCCGUUACUCGCUCCAUUUUGGCGAAUAUGGCGAAAUGGUUAACGCACCAGUUUGUGGAACUGGCAUUCGAAAAAGAAAAAGAAGUCGUUGAACGGUUUACCGAAAAUCUCAAUCAAAAGGCUAAAAUCAACGAAUUAGCCGUAAUUGGAAGGGAAAAAGAGAUGAAGGAAUUAAUUUGUGUUUUAUCACGAGUGAUAAAAAAUAAUCCAUUGCUGAUUGGCCAUCCAGGAGUGGGAAAAACGGCGAUAGUAGAAGGCUUGGUUCAGAGAAUUAAGAAAGAACAAGUACCCGAUUAUUUAAAAGGCAAAACCAUUUACCAACUUGAUAUGAUGGCUCUAAGAGCCGGAACUAAAUUUCAAGGAGAAUUGGAAACUCGACUGAAAAUGAUUUUGAAUUAUAUGGCUCAGCCAGAAAAUAAUGCCAUUCUCUUCAUUGACGAAAUUCACAUGAUUGUCGGGGACGGAGGAGGUCAAGAGGUUCUUAAUAUUGCUAAUUUAUUAAAGCCAGUGCUUUCGCGGGGUGAAACCCAGUGUAUUGGAGCAACCACUCAGGAAGAAUACC